GAAGGUCCUCUUGAGCCGAGAGAUUCCCCAGUAGCUGGACGCAAUCCUUUCCUCGCAGCUCUUAAGGAAGGGGGUUCGUUUUGGGGUGGUAUUUUUGGGGGACUGUGCGCAACCUACCAUGGCCACAUCUGGCAGGAUCAGUUUUACAGUGAGGAGCAUUUUGGAUUUACCAGAGCAUGAUGCUCAUAGCAUAAAGCAAGCCUCUGACCAUCACCACUCAGCGGAGAACUACGCCGGCUCGCCGUAUCGAGGGUGGAUAGAAACAGACAGAAAUCACUAUCCCUCUUCCGACGAGAGCGGCCCGGAGAUGAGUUUGCCCGACUCCACCCAAAGGUCUCUCCCCGCCCGCGGCUCGGAGGCCGAGGAGAAGAAGAAGAAGCGGCGGGUUCUCUUCUCCAAGGCGCAGACGCUGGAGCUGGAGCGGCGGUUCCGGCAGCAGCGGUACCUGUCGGCUCCGGAGCGGGAGCACCUGGCCAGCCUGAUCCGCCUCACCCCCACGCAGGUGAAGAUCUGGUUCCAGAACCACCGCUACAAGAUGAAGCGGGCGCGAAGCGAGGGCCCCGGCAGCCCCCAGCCGCGCCCGCCAGCCCUGCUGCGCCGGGUGGUGGUGCCGGUGUUGGUGCGGGACGGGGAGCCCUGCCGCGGCUGCCCCGCCAGUCCUCCGGCACCCCCAGCGCGCCCCAAGCUGGGCUGUGCCCUGGCGGGAUGCAGCGCCCAGGCCGCCCUCGCCCUGCAGGGCUACCGAGCCUGCCCGCCCGCCGCCGCCCUCGGCGUCUUCCCCGCGUACCAGCACUUAGCACACCCCGCCGUCGUCUCCUGGGGAUGGUGA